AUGGUCGCUCCCAUAGUCAAUACAGGAAUUCAGACGUCGAAGUAUUGCAAUGUGGCUGGUCUAGGAGCUUUGAUUUUUGACUAUUUCUUAACAUUCGAACGUGAGGUUCGAUGGACAUGGAACAGGCGCUGGAACAUCGCUCGCAUUCUUUUUGUAAUUUCACGUUACAUGGCCUUUGUAGCAGCUGGCAUGACUUCAUACGCUGCUAUUGCUACACGAGUAAACGACAAUGUCUGUGUUUUGCUUAUGUGGUCGUUGAAUGAACUCAAGGACAUCGAAUACUUACAGUGCUCGCACUACAGCACGGCAUCAAAUGCAAUUCACAUCCUCAGUAUUGUAGCUGCUGAAGGUCUUUUGGUCAUUCGUACAUAUGCGUUCUGGAAGCAGAACAAUAAGCUCUUGGCAGUGUUACUGGUCUUAGCAGCAAUUUGCAUCGCGUGUGCCGCCGGUGUCACACGAGUUGUCAAUAAUAUAGUAGCACAACCAAAUUCUUCAAUGCCCUCACAAGCAACUGCAUCUUUGAAGCAGGUCGCAGCAGCGCCAUUCAUUCUGAUGUCUUUAAUGGUAUUCAAGAGAUAUCAAGACUACAGAGAUUCCGACAGCCGUCUAAUGAGAACCUUCUUCCAGGGCACAGUGCAGUAUAUGACUGCCAUAAUUCUUGUUUCUGUAGCCAAUAUAUUAAUCAUUUCUGUGGUGCCGCAAUCAUAUGAUGAGAUGAUGGACUUGCCACAACUUGUCCUCCACAUCUGCGAGAAAGUGAUCACGAAACCGAAAAGACAUCAUUGCAACUUGAUUGAUUAUCCUACAGUUACUAUACCGCCUAUCAAGGGCACCAAACUGCAGGAGAUUGUCACGAAGCUCAUCUGGUUUCCCUGUUUUCCAUCUGCACUAUCAUCUUCUAGAUUGCUAUUUAUCUCUUCCAGUGAAAUCAUUCAUCUGUCCAGUACUUCUGACGGGACAGAAUUAGCCCCUGAAGUUCUUGUAGAUGCUUAG